AUGCCCACAUCGACCCCCCAGCCAUCCAGUUCUACCCGCCCCUCCAGCCGCGCAGCCUCAACAAACACCCCCGCCCUCCCACUCCUCCCUUACCGAUCCCCAACACCCCGCGCGUCUAAAAGUGGCCUCCAACCCUCUCCCCUAGCAGAAAUCCAGACACCUAGCAGCGUGGGCAGUCGCCCCGGGCUCGUCAGCCGCUGGUCAGACUGGGGGAGUGAGAGUUCGAGAACAGCAGUCGGAGGAAAAAAGUCCGGGGAAAGGAGUAUCAGCGGGGGGUUGAGAAAGAUGUUUACGCGUGCUGAAAAGAAGGAGAGUACGGGUUCGCCCAUAGCGAGCGACUUUAUGCUCGUCUCGCCACCAAAGUCGGCGCCCACUCCAACACGCUCUCGACCCGUAUCCGAUUACUUUCCCAACUUUCUCAAGCUCUCCAGCUACUCCACGCCCAGCCGCCCUGCCAGUGCUCGUCCUCCCAGUACUCGUCCCCCCACCCGCCAAGACGACACCGUCGCAGGCUGCACCCCCCUCGUAAAGAGACAUCACCGAAAAGGCUCCGACCUCUCCGACCUCAUCGUCGUGCACCGCCCCAGUGAGGAUGGCAACAGACCCUCCCGAAGCUCGGAGAAUGGCCGUCCCAGCACCAGCACAACCCGCUCUCCCUCACCUCUCAUCGGCCGCGCCGACUCGCUUAUCCGGGGGCUUCAGUCGUUGGACAAGUUACCAGAGAGCAGGUAUCCAGGGCCGUUGCACGUGGGCUCGUAUGGCGUGCCGACACCGGAGAGACCAAAGCCGAAGAGGGGGUACGCGCAGAAGGAGGUGCCUCGUUCGGCAGAGACGACGCCGUCGCUCCCGCCACUGUCGAUCAGUGGCGACGAUGUGUUUGCUUCGCCCAUCUCAAGGCCCAAACAGGCCAGGCCCAAAAAGAGCUCUGCCCCGCCAUCCUCGCGACCCAAGCAUGAGCGACCCUCCCGCCAGCGAAGCCAGUCGAUGCCGCCCGACGAGCCAGAGCCAGUCGUCAUCCCACCCAUCCGCCGACACAAGCCCAGCCAGGGGUCACUCGACCGCUCGGAAGCUCUUGACCUGAUUCAGCGCAUGACGUCGACUCGUCAGCCUCGCAAAGCGCCUGAGAAAUCCAAAAAAUCGACCGACAAGCUCAAGUCGGGGGAGGAUAGGGUGAUUGUACCAAAGAGCUUGUAUGGCGGGAUCAUUUCCGAGUCGGAUGGCAGCCUCCGUCCCAAGGCCAAGACGCCCUAUACCGAAAAAUCAUCCCCUCUCGGCGAGAUCACGCCUGAAAACUCACCUUCCAAACGUGAACUCCAAGCCUACAAACGAAUGGGCAUGUCUCCAGCCGCCGAGCGCUCUCCUGUCCGCUCACUUCUGACAGUAUCAAACCUUCAGAAGCAUGAUUCUACCGAAUCAUUCGCCGACAGCCUCGCCUAUCUGACCGCCCCCCAAUCCCCCUCUCAACCCAAACCCGGCCAUUCCACAGCCAACCUCUCCACCUUCCACCUCUCCUCGUCUCAAGUAGGCUCCUUCUCCACGGGCCAGUUCAUGAACGACGAAGAAGAGUUUCUCCUGGAUCAUCAUCAGGACAAGGUAGUCGAGUGGGAUGGGCAGCGAAAGGGGAGUUUGGGGAGGCAGGCGAGUGUGACGGAUAUGUAUGUGGGGACGCUAUAUGGGGAAUGGAUGAGCGAGGACGGGACGGCCACUUGUUCGUCGACGGGUACGAAUGGGAGCGGGGGUGGGCUGAGGAUGAUUAGCGAAGGGCCGCUGGUGGGACGGAAGAGUUCGAGAAAGAUCAAGAAGGCGUGGGAGUAG